AUGGCAGUUCUCGAUGCUUAUAAUCCUCUUCAUAAUGUAUCCUUACGAUUCAAUGAACAUCAGCUAAAAGAAAUUGGCGAGUGGUUUGAGAAUAAUGCAAAACCUCAACUAACCAGUACUGAUGGUGAUCCUAUCAGAGCGAUAACAGUAGAAAAAUUCGUGUCUUUCUUAAACCUUAAAAAGUUUCAUAGAAGGAAUUUCCAAUAUCCAAGUUAUGCAGAGGUAAUGAAUGAAGUAGAGAGAUUAAAAGCUGGAGCAUUACGACUAUUGACUAGAGAACAAGUAAUUUAUAUGUUGAAUAAAUGGGUUCUAGAACCAGACAUAAAACAUGAAUUGUGUUUAGCUUUCAAGGUUUUCGACACAGAGAAAAGGGGUUUUCUAGAAAUUGACGAACUAAAAACAAUUGUAACAAGCUACGCUGAACCAUUCUCGGAAGAGGAGACACGUGAAAUGCUACGUGAUGCAAAUGUCCGUGGCGAUGGAAAUGUAUUUUAUGAAAAUUUUGUUGAAAGCCUAUUCAGCGUUGCUCCUGAAUUAUAUGAAAUCAAGACAGACUAUUUAUAUGAGGACCCUAAUGAAGAUCCAUCGGUUCCCCCUGAGCCUGUUGUUGUAGAAGAACCUCCACCUGUACCUGUUCCUUUACCAAUUAAGAAACCGAAAAACAAAAAAAAACAAUAA